AUGACUGCCAAACUGUGGAAAGAUAUUGCUCUUCAAAAGCAAACUGCUCGCAAUAGCUGUAUUCCUGCCAAAUGGGUUAACGGUUCUCUCAAGCAGGAUAUGGAAACGGCAGGAUAUACAAACACCAGAGAGUAUUUGGACUCAAUUCUUGAUCCUGAAGAAACGAGCAUCGUCAACUUGACAAUGGUGUCUCUCAUCAGUAAAAUUAGUCUGGGAGAACUCUCUAGUGUUCAGGUAGCAGAAGCCUACUGCCAUAGAGCCAUGUUGGUCCACCAGAUCUUAAACUGUUGCAGCGAAAUCUUUGUUGACAAGGCAUUGGAAAAAGCCCAAGAGCUUGAUGAGUAUUACAAGAAGUAUGGGAAGGUAGUUGGCCCGUUGCAUGGGGUUCCAAUUUCGCUUAAGGACCAAUUUGACAUUCCAGGAUUAGAUUCUCUGUUGGGGUAUGUUUCCUUAACAGGGAAGCCAAAGACUGAGAUAAGCUUAUUAGCAGGAUUUUUGGAGAAAGCAGGUGCCGUUUUCUAUGUCAAGACUACAGUUCCCAUGGCUAUGAUGGCUCCCGAGACUGUCUCCAACGUUAACGGGUACACCUUUAACUCGCUCAACAAUAAAUUGACUUGCGGAGGAUCUUCUGGAGGAGAGGGAGCUCUCAUUGCGGCCGGUGGUUCCCCCAUGGGAUUUGGAACUGACCUCGGAGGUAGUAUUCGGAUUCCAGCCUCUUUCCAAGGCCUUUAUGCCUUGAAACCUUCUACAAAUAGGUUUUCAUACUUGAGGAUUUCCAAUUCUUACAGCGGCCAAGGAGCUAUUCCUUCGGUAGUUGGACCUAUGGCCAGAUCUUUACAAGAUAUUGAGUAUAUUGCCAAGCUUGUUCUUAACGGGGGUCUUUGGGAAACCGAUCCUAAAGUGUUGCCAAUUCCGUUCAGAGAAAUUGAAAUGUCAAAACUCGUGAUCGGCAUCUGGAAGUUCGACGGGAAAAUCUUGCCCCAUCCACCACUUUUACGGGCAUUGCAUGAAACUUCAGCAGCCUUAAAGGCCCACGGACAUGAAGUCGUGGAGAUAGAUUUCCCGAGCUUGCAGAUUAUAGAGGUUGCAGACCGGGUUUACAAAGCUGAUGAAGGACGUGAAGUUUUCGAAGAAUGUAAAGUUUCAGGUGAACCUAUAGUUCCAGCUGUGAAACCACUUAUAACCAGCACUCCUGGUCACCAACCAUUGAGUGUUAACGAAUGGUGGGAUGUAGAUAACCAACUGUACGUGUGCAAACAGCAGUUCCUCAAGUUUUGGAGCGAAACUGCCGGAUUAACGAAUUCCGGCAGACCAAUCGACGCGAUUAUAUGCCCGGUUUGGCCAUCUGGAGCAUUCUUGCCUGGAGGUCCAGCCGCUAUGAAUUAUUCAUGUCCAUUCAACCUCCUUGAAUCUCCAUGUGCUGUUUUACCUGUGGCAACUGCCUCAAAGACUCUUGACCCUGUCAAUACUGGAUAUGUGCCAUUUGAUGAAACUGACAUGCUCAUCCAGAAGGCAUACGACCCGGAGUUGCAAGAUGGGUUACCUGUUUGCUUACAAGUCGUAGGCAAAAAACUUGAUGACGAGAAAGUCCUUGCUAUCGCUUCGGUCGUUAAAUCUUGUUUGGUGGCAGACAGGGGUAGAUUUUAG